UUCCUUCUUGCUUUGCGUGCCGGGCCAUACUCCCAACAAACAGAUACACCACAGUGUCACUUACAAACGUUUUUCGGCAUAUUUUACAGCGAGACCUUCAGUAGAGUAAAAUGAUUGGUAUUUUUUUGUUUCUCAUACUUCCUUAUUUGAUUCAAGCCUCCUCAGUCGUUCCUGUGCUCUCAGCACCGGCUGAGAAAAGCGAAAAUGUAUGCUCGAAAGCUGGGCAUGCACGCGCCCUGACAAAGAGAGCUUUCAAACCACGUGUGGUUAAGGGCGCUGUAAAGUUGCCCGGCGACUCCCGACGUGAAAUUGACAACCCAAUUGGUCGGUACCCACAACAAUGGCCGAAUUGUGGUAACUACAAGUUACGAGUGUCUACGAAGUGUGGUGCAAGUCAAAAUCCGAGGGUUGAACAUGGACUGAUUCACAGUAUCCUCAGCACAUUAGACAAAAAGGAUCGUUCUACAGCUGAGAAUGUUGAAUUCAUGAAGCACCAACUCAAGAGGAUAGCUUCAAGUGGCAAUAUUUCACGACCGCUGGGCAAAGGAGACGGUGUCGCAUCAACAUUCGAGAUCAAUUUACUCUAUUUUCUUUUACAUUGCUUUGAAGACAAGUUUAUCCACCGCUGGUUUCAAAUUUACGAUUCUUGGAGCUCACUUAAUACGCCUUUUUUGAUCGAGGCUAGGGCGGAUCAUGACCCCUCAUUCUUAUACGCCGCAAUCAAUUCGAUUUCCCCUGGACUGUGGAAAUUUUGUUUACCGAUGAAAGAUGAAAAGUUCGAUAUAGACUUGUUGAUAAGCAAUCCAAUCGCUCGCUUGAGUUGGUUUUUGGAUGGCUUAGAUCCAGCUGAAAUGAUUGAAUACGCCCAAGCUCUUGAAAAACCUCAGUCACCAACUCUUCAAGAACUGAUGAAUAGACAACUCAUACUCGAAAAAGAGGAUAAGACUGAACCGAGCCAAAAAUUCGCGCAAGCCAGUUGGUUUGCACAACGCAUGGGUUGGGAUCAUUUCCAAAGAAUCAUAUUGGAUUUUGAGAAAUUCACUCCCAACACUAACAGUUAUAAGUUCAAGAUGAGCGGCUUCUGUCAGCCUGGGACCGGUGUAUUAUCGACUCCCAAAGCAAGAAAGUCGAUGCAGGAAUUGAACAAACUUUUGGAGAAAAAAGGCUUUCUUACAGUCUCCUCGGAUGAGAAUUUUUCAUCAAACAUCAUGGAGUGGCUUAGUACCUUCUUAACCUGGUUGAACGAUUCCAAGGUUCAAAUAAAUCGGUUCUCUACUUGGGAAAUGUCUUGA